UUUGUAAUGAUCUUGAUGUAGCAGUUCCAGUAUGCAUAUGUAACCUUGCAGAGAAAACGUGUGCACUUAGGAGAUCUUAAAUACGGCGGCGGUGGCUAUUAUUGUUUGUGGUGCUCUUGUUAUUGAUCUGUGAAGAUGUUCUCGUCUCUUACUGCGGUGGCAUGUCUGUGCGUGGCGUACUCCGUUUCAUCGCCACUACCUCAACACCCUGUGGUGAUAGCGCAUCACGGCCUUCCAUACUUUUAUCACACCGGAAUUGUUCCAGUCGUGCACGACGCUAGCAAGCUUACCCUGAAAGCAACAGAAGAUGCCCCCAAAGCCGACCUAAAAGCUGAAAAGCAAGAGGAGACAACCGAAAGCACAACUCCGGAGGCACCGGCUGAACCGGCUGCACCAACUGAAGCUCAAUCGGAUGACGGGAGUUAUAAGGAGGACAAAACCGGAGAUUACGUUCCGGACAACGCGGGAGACUACGUCCAUGAUAAUUCGGGAGAUUACAAACCCGAAAGUGAGCUUGGAGAGUUAAAGCUCCAUAGGGGAACAGUUGUGUUUGCCGGAAACCCUUUUAUACCAUCGCCCUUCUAUCCGUUCCCUUAUUACUUUUAGAAAUUAGGAUAAGUUAUGCUUCCAUAUAGAUCAAUGAAGUAAAAAUAUGGGGUGUUA